GCGAUGCUAAGGACGACUCGCGAUCGUCUUCGUAAGCACGUCCGAUAGAGCUUAUUAGGAGAACGGCCUCUAUCUCCCCUCCCACGCGUCGCGACGUCGAUUCUAGCGAGACGCUCUAUACACGCGUAUAUAUACCUGCGUAACGCCGAAAAAACCUGGCCAGUCGUGUGCGACGCCUAUCAACGUUCCACGCGGAUUUCCGCGCUGUCACUCUGCAACCGGUGUCGUCUCACGACUGGGUUCACACCUCGUCAAUUCUACCAAGAAAGAAUUUUACCCGGGAAAAUCUGAGACAUUCGGAAUGUAGUUGUUAGAAUUCCAUUAUCUGUGAAACUGCGAUAAGGGAAAUCCUGGGGAAUCAGUGGAAGACUUUGUGGCGGAACAGAAGCUCGCUGCAGUUUAUCGUGCAAUUAACACGGGUGCGAAGAUCAUCCAACGUAUUAUCGUCGGUUAAUAAAUCAAGCUUGUGACAUUGAUCACGAUUGGUUUUCAAGAUCCGCUGAUAAAUGUUAUCGGAGAACAUUGUAGGCACAUUGGAGGCGCGAAGCGAUUAAAGGUUUCGCGAUUUGAGGAAGAUCAGGAAGCACAUUGGGAAAGUAACGUGGAUGUGAAUAGUUUGAUAGACGAUUUGUUCAACGUUUUAAAAAGGAACAUCGACAAGACACGUUCUGCAGUUGUUUUGGAAUUCGACGCUCGAGGACACGCAUCCAUCAUGGAGAAGGAUUCGAAAGAACAAAGCGCGGGAAAUCCGAUGCAGGAGUUUAACAGCAGCACAAAAAUAGCUACUGUGAUUGGAGAUUUCAAUGAGAAGGAUCAACUAUACAAUCCUUUCGAACAUCGUGAUAAGAAGAAUACCAAUUCGGACCUGGGUUCCAUGGCGCACUUAUUGAAGUCGUCGCUGGGUACAGGGAUCCUCGCCAUGCCAAAUGCCAUAAAAAACGGCGGAGUUCUAUUCGGUGGAAUUGGAACGAUAAUAAUCGGCAUGAUAUGUGCCCAUUGUGUCCACAUACUGGUCCGCUCGUCCCACGUGCUCUGCAAGCGAACGAAAACGCCUAAGAUGACAUACGCUGAAACCGCGGAGGCCGCCUUUCUUUACGGACCAAAACCAGUCAGACCUUUCGCGAACGCCAGUCGGAUUUUCGUAAAUGCCGCAUUGUGUGCCACCUAUGUGGGUGGUGCGUGUGUUUAUGUGCUGUUCGUGGCGACCUCUAUUAGGCAGCUCGCCGUGUUUUACAGCGGCAGAGAAAUAUCGGUUCAAUUGUGUAUACUCACCUUGAUACCUGCUGUGAUACUGUUAGGGCAAGUGCGAAAUUUGAAGUACCUGGUCCCAUUCUCCAUGAUCGCCAACACUUGUAUGAUGGUUGGAUUCGCGUUAACCCUUUAUUACGUGUUCACUGACAUGAACAUCUCGUCCAAUGUGAAAUUGUUCGCGAAGGCCGAGCAACUGCCUACGUUUUUUGCGACUGUGAUAUUUGCCAUCGAGGGAAUCGGUGUGGUAAUGCCCGUUGAGAACAGUAUGCAAAAACCACAACAUUUCCUCGGCUGCCCUGGUGUCCUUAACAUAACAAUGACAAUAGUUGUAGCUCUGUACGCAGUUUUGGGUGUCUUUGGAUACCUGAAAUAUGGCGAGGCAAUUGAUGCUAGCAUCACCUUAAACAUUCCAGAAGAAGAAAUUAUGGGGCAACUAGCUAAACUUCUCAUUGCGCUGGCUGUGCUAUUCACUUAUGGACUACAGUAUUUCGUGUCGCUGGACAUCAUAUGGGGUAGUCUGAAAGAAAAAUGUAGCCACAAGUACCAAACCUUAUGUGAGACCCUUCUCAGGAUAACUAUGGUUCUAUUGACAGUGGUCGUGGCGAUAUUAGUUCCUGAUCUGGAUCCCUUUAUUUCCUUGGUUGGCGCAGUGUUCUUCUCCAACCUUGGCAUCAGUAUACCAGCAAUCGUUGAAACGAUUUCCUGUUGGGAAGGCCAUCUUGGAACGUUUAAAUGGAGGCUUUGGAAAAACUGUCUCCUAGUAGCUUUCGCGUUGUUCGCGUUGGUAUUCGGAUCGUGGACCUCCAUCUCAAAAAUCGUAGAGACGUACAACAAAUGAAAAUGAUCGAAAUUUAAACUUGAAGUGAAAAUACUGAAGACUCGAAUUCGAAGUUACGAUUUAACGAUCAAGAUUAGAAUUCGAAGGUGCUGUAUUUGUUCAGCGAUGACAGAGUUAUUACUAGCACAAUUCACGUAUACAGCAUUUAUUUCUAUCAACGUCCAUGUACAUCCUGUAUUUAUUUUUACAUUCUACUUAAGUAUUUUUGUAAGCAGUAAUUUACGGAGAUGUUUCGCUCAAGAUUUUUGCGAAAAAGGGGACAGAAAAUAACUGGAAAAGUAAAUUUUAUUUAUUGUAAAUAUGUACAAAAAGAGAAGUUUAAAAGAUUUGAAGCAAUAUUUUUGGUUAGAAUAUCGACAAUGGUUUUGUAAAUAUACUUACGGUUUAGAAUUAGAAUAAAGUACUAAAAUAUACAAUUAUGUAAUUAUUUCGUUGCGUAAGUUUGUAUAAAGUUGUAUAAAAUUACUGAAAAAAUGUACAAAAUAAUAUCUUUGACAAGGUCUAAGGAAUUAGGACGACUACUUCGAGGACGUAGUUUAGUGUAACAUUGAUAAGCAAACAUUGUAAAUACUAUUUUUCUCCGCAAACCUAGAUGUUAAUAUUUCGAAAUAAUUCACAAACCAUCAUUCUACGAAUAGUUAAAAUUUAUUUCCAAAUUAAAUUUCAAUUCCACAAUUAUAAAUUACAUUUUUAUACUGAGAGCGAAAUUAAAAUGCGAUAUCGAU